GCGCAAGAUGGCGGAGAGCGGCUCUGUGUGCAGCUUCCUUUUCAAGAAGCGGGGCCCGGCGGCGGGCAGGGGUCGGCGUAAGCGGCCCAGCAGCGACCAGGAGCAGGAGAGCAGCGGUGAGGAGGGCAGCACGGUGGUGCGGAAGGAGCGGCGGCGGGAGGCUCCCAACCCCAUGAUCCAGAAGACCAGGAAAAGCACAAAGGAGAGGACCUCAUACGCUCUCAGCAGCAGUGAUGAUGAGGAUCAGUCAAAGGAGAUCGGAGUCACUUACAAAUCAACAAGGUCGGCGAAACCUGUUGGCCCAGAAGACAUGGGAGCCACAGCAGUGUAUGAACUGGACACGGAGAAGGAGAAAGACGCCCAGGCCAUUUUUGAGCGCAGCCAGAAGAUCCAGGAGGAGCUGAGAGGAAAAGAAGAUGAUAAAAUUUACCGUGGCAUUAACAACUACCAGAAGUAUGUGAAGCCCAAGGACACCUCCAUGGGAAACGCCUCUUCGGGGAUGGUCAGGAAAGGCCCCAUCCGUGCUCCGGAGCACCUGCGGGCCACGGUGCGCUGGGACUACCAACCUGACAUCUGCAAGGACUACAAAGAAACUGGCUUCUGUGGCUUUGGAGACAGCUGCAAAUUCCUGCACGACCGCUCGGACUACAAGCACGGCUGGCAGAUCGAACGGGAGCUGGACGAAGGCCGCUACGGAGUCAAUGAUGAGGAAAACUAUGAGGUGAGCAGUGAUGAGGAGGACAUGCCUUUCAAAUGCUUCAUCUGCAGAAGUUCCUUCAAGAACCCCGUGGUCACCAAGUGCAGGCACUACUUCUGUGAGAGCUGUGCCCUCCAGCACUACCGCAAGUCCCAGCGCUGCUAUGUCUGUGACAAGCAAACCAACGGAGUCUUCAACCCAGCAAAAGAGCUCAUGGCAAAACUGGAAAAACACAAAGCAGAGGAGGAAGAGGAGAAGGAGGAAAAGGAGGAAGACCAACAGCAUUCAGACCAUGGGCAGGAUCCACAAUAGCAGAGCACCCUCUUUUGUAUCUAGCUGAAUAAAGCUUUGAUGGGGGGGG